CUGCGCUUGUAGUCGUGGGGACCGGCGGCGGCGCGCGCUCCGUGGGACCGAGCCGCCUCUGCCUUCGCGCCCUCGUAAGCUCCGUCGCCAUGAAGAGCCUGCCGUGCUUCUGCCGCGGGGAGGUGGUGCGAGGCUUCGGGCGGGGCUCCAAGGAGCUGGGCAUCCGCACAGCUAAUUUUUCCGAAGAAGUGGUUGAUAGUUUCCCAUCUGAUAUCUGUACUGGCAUAUACUAUGGAUGGGGUUGUGUUGGAACUGGAGAUGUGCAUAAAGUGGUUUUGAGUAUAGGUUGGAAUCCGUAUUACAAGAAUGUUAAGAAAUCAGUGGAAACACACAUCAUUCACACCUUCAAGAAAGACUUUUAUGGAGAAAUACUCAGCAUAAUCAUUAUUGGUUAUAUAAGACCAGAGCAGAACUUUAAUUCUUUAGAUGCACUUAUAACUGCUAUUCAACAUGACAUUGAAGAAGCUAAAAGUCUACUAGAUUUGCCAGAACACCAGAAGUUUAAAGAUGACAACUUCUUUCACAGAGGGAAUGUUAACUGUAUGACUAAUGGUCAUUAAAUAAUUCCCUUCCUUUAUUUUCACUGCAGUUAUUUAAACUGAACUGAUCUUCACAUGUUUCUUUU